UCUGUCAUCCAAUUAUUAUUUUUUAUUUUGAACAUUACAUAUUACUGAACAAUCAACAUUUUAUUUGGUAGGUGAUAGGUACAUAAAAAUUACAAUGCCGAAACGAUAUAACAGAAUUUUCAUAACCGUAGGGACAACACGAUUUGACUUACUCUGCGAAUACAUACUUUCACCAGCCGUAAUUCAUGCACUAAAGGAGAUCGGCUGCAAAGAGGUUGUAAUACAAAUUGGCAAUAGUGACGUAGAUCCAGGAAAUUUUACUAAAAACGAGAUUGAGUUCACUUUGUACAGAUUUAAGGACUCUAUAUUAGAAGAUAUAAAAAAAGCCGAUUUAGUUAUAAGUCACGCCGGGGCAGGAAGCUGUCUUGAAGUGUUAGAAGAAAAGAAACCUCUUUUGGUGGUUGUUAACGAGGAUUUGAUGGACAACCACCAACUAGAACUCGCAGAACAGCUCCAAAUAGAUGGACAUUUAUACUAUUGUACUUGCGAUACUCUGGUCAACACACUAAAUGUUGUUGACUUUGAAUUAUUACGUCCCUUUCCCAAAGCAAAUCCUAUUUUGUUUGUCAGAUAUUUGGAUGAUAUUUUCAGAGUAUAUAAAAAUAUAGACUGAUUA